AUGAGUUUCGCAGGAUCACUUUUUCUAACUGGAGUCGGUGCUCUUGUUUACAAGUACGAUAUCAAUCAAGUGUACGAGAGACACCCAUCGUCAGAGCUAGCUCUUAAAGAGUACAGUGAAAAAGUUUACAAAAAAGAGGGCGAAAUAUUAAGCCAUAGAUUCUCCAGGGUGUUUGGUAAUUUUUUCUUUGAUUUUUUUGAUGGGAGCGCUUUUCUUUUCCCUUUCAAAGGAAUUGGACAGUUUUACAAAUACAAAAGUGAUUAUGCGUUGAAUGUACUUGGCACUCUUUCCUUGUACUUGAUUAUGUACACGAUCGUUAGCAUGGUGUAUUGGGCAACAAUAACCCCUGUUUACACAGCACUAUUUGCGAUUUUUGGACCCACUGGACUUUUAGUUGCAUGGACCCAUUCGUUUUUGCAGGCAAAUGUUCUUACAAUGAUGUUCAUGCGACUUUGCCAUUUUAAUAAUCAUUUAAUAACAAUCACAGUUGAAAAAAAUGGCAUGCAGGCCUUCUUCAACAAAAAACCUAUAAAGUACUAUGUUCCAAUCACCUCAAUUUAUUUUUGGUCAUUCUAUUUACCGCUAAAGGUUUUCAAGUAUUUUGCUGGCACCCUUUCCCUUAUCGUUGCGUUGAUUAUAUCAUCAAUACCAAUCUUAGGCCCAUUUAUGUUUACAUAUUUAAUGUCACCAUUUAUUGCUAAAACAUUUUUCUCGAAAUGUCUCAGACUGAGAGGUUAUAAUAAUUUACAGCGCAAGGAUGAGUUUUUUGAGCAUUUUGGUCAAUAUACUGCAUUUGGUAUGUCUUGUGGUUUAUUAGAAACUAUUCCAAUCUUAUCUGGUUUCGCCCUCUGCACAAAUACUAUUGGUGCAGCCUUGUGGGCAAUUAGAAAUAUUUAA